AUGAGUAAUCUAGAGAAGUCCCUCUUCCAGCUCAAGUUUACAGCGAAAUCUUUACAGAGACAAGCUAAGAAAGCCAAUAAAGACGAAGUGUCAGAGAAGAAUAAAUUGAAGCAGGCUUUGGCAAAAGGAAACACUGAUGGAGCUAGGAUAUAUGCACAGAAUGCUAUCCGCAAAAAAACUGAGGGACUGAACCUACUGAGAUUAGCAUCGAGGAUUGAUGCCGUUGCGAGUCGUGUAGAAACUGCUGUGACGAUGAGAAGCGUUACCAACAGUAUGGGAAGUGUGGUCAAAGGAAUGGAUAAAGCUAUGGAGAGUAUGAAUCUGGAGAGAAUAUCAGUAGUGAUGGAUAAGUUUGAAUCGCAAUUCUCCGAUUUGGACGUCCAGACCUCUUAUAUGGAAUCGACAAUGUCAGAUACAACAGCAUUGACAACACCACAAGAUCAAGUCGAUACGUUGAUGCAGCAAGUUGCUGAUGAAGCUGGAUUAGAGAUUCAGCAUGGUUUGGGAGAAGCUAAAGUACCUGCUAAAGAACCUAUUCAAAGUCAAGCUGAAGUCGUGGGAAAUAAAGAAGAAGAUGGUAAAUUAGCUGAAAGAUUAAGGGCUUUACGACCCGCUACAUGA